AAAGAGCUUUAAAGAAAUUAAAAAUCACGGGUAAAAGAGCUUUAAAGAAAUUUAAAAUCAUGGAUAAAAGACCUUUAAAGAACGGGUCGAUACAUUUCAGUGAUCAUAAAAGUUGUGCAAAUAACGGCGCCUUGUUUGCUCCAAUGCAUUCGACAAAUUAUUGAUGAAGCCAUCAGGGGAGUCUCUGUGGCUCCAAGAGAAGGGAGAGAUGUUGCAGGAUGAAUCCCCCUGGGCCAAACCCACCCAGGCCCAGGAGCGCCCAGAAAUGUGAGGACUGAAUUAGAACCUUCGGAGAAACUAAAAUCCAUAGAUGCACGCAGACACGAGGUAGAAAUGCAAGUUUAGUCGUAAAUAAAUAGAGGAUUUUAGGUGCCUUAGGAAAUAAGAGAUGGGAUCCGUUAGCAAGAAGAAGCCCUAAAGCCUCGUCUAAAGUUCAAGUAACGUCGCCUUUUGCAAAGUUAGUUCAAUUCUAGACGUAACCAAAAUAAAGUCGCCUUGCUUAGCGUUCCUAGAUAGAACAGAUGAGGCUACAGACGUAGAAUUUCCGUAAGAAAUUACGAAUAUCGCCGCGCAUCGAUCUUAUCUUAGGACAGGCCCAACAAGGCAAUGCUGGGCUCGAGUUUCUACCUGAUUGGCCUAAAACAGGAUAAAACGCACGGCUUUGGGAACGCCGGCGGGUUCAGGGGAGACCGAUCACAAACGGUGCCGUUGUUGCUUCUGCUUGGGACUUAGAGACUGGUGGGAAUGCAUUUCCACAGCCGGGCAAAAGAUUCUGUUGAAGGAAAAACGUUUCGGUUGAGUUUUGAACAUAGACUGAAGCCAAGCUAGAAAGUUCCGUGCCCUCGAUACAUCUUGGAUUUCCACACCCGAGCAAAUGAUUCUGUUGAAGGGAAAAUGUUUGGGUUGACUUUUGAACAUAGAACGAAGCCGAGCUAGAAAGUUCUGUGCCCUCGAUACAUCUUGGAUUUCCACAUCCCACCAAAUGAUUCUAUUGAAGCAAAAACGUUUCGGUUGACUUUUGAACGUGGAAUGAAGCCGAGCUAGAAAGUUCCAGCCCUCGAUACAUCUUGGAUUUCUACACCUGAGCAAACGAUUCUGUUGAAGAAAAAAUGUUCCGGUUGACUUUAGAACGUAGAACGAAGCCGAGCUGGAAAGUUCCAUGACCUCGAUACAUCUUGGAUUUCCACACCCGAGCAAACGAUUCUAUUGAAGGGAAAUCGUUUCGGUUGACUUUUGAACGUGGAAUGAAGCUGAGCUAGAAAGUUCCAUGCCCUCGAUACAUCUUGGAUUUCCACAUCCCAGCAAAUGAUUCUAUUGAAGGAAAAAUGUUUCGGUUCACCUUGGGACAUAGAAUGAAGCCAAUCUAGGAAGUUCUGUGCCCUUCCCAUCGGCAUCGGCCCAGUGCCAGCGCAGGGGCUCUGGUUGGGCCUUGGAGAUGUUUCUCAGGAUCUGUGGCUGCUGCUAUUGGCAGCCAGCCAAAUCGUCCCCCCUUAAUCAUCGCACACUCAGGAACGAGCUCAGGGGCGCUCGGGCGCUUUUUAAGGUGUCAGACUCCGACACCUGUGCUCGGCUUUUGUUUCCGUACCGUUUGCUGUUUUAUCUUUUAUCGAAACCUCGGCUUUACCGAACGCGCUCAAAGAGCUGUCUGGCAAACGUUAUCCAGCCGCUGCGGGAGGUUGCUGGCCAAGCCUCAGGCUCGAUACAUCUUGGAUUUCCACACCUGAGCAAACGAUUCCGUUGAAGGAAAAACGUUUUGGUUGACUUUAGAACGUAGAACGAAGCCAAGCUAGAAAGUUCCAUGCCCUCGAUACAUCUUGGAUUUCCACAUCCCAGCAAAUGAUUCCGUUGAAGGAAAAAUGUUUCGGUUGAGUUUUGAACGUGGAAUGAAGCUGAGCUAGAAAGUUCCGUGCCCUCGAUACAUCUUGGAUUUCCACAUCCCACCAAAUGAUUCUAUUGAAGCAAAAACGUUUCGGUUGACUUUUGAACAUAGAACAAAGCCGAGCUAGAAAGUUCUGUGCCCUCGAUACAUCUUGGAUUUCCGCACCUGAGCAAAUGAUUCUAUUGAAGGAAAAAUGUUUCGGUUGACUUUUGAACGUGGAAUGAAGCCGAGCUAGAAAGUUCUGUGCCCUCGAUACAUCUUGGAUUUCCGCACCUGAGCAAAUGAUUCUAUUGAAGCAAAAAUGUUUCGGUUCACCUUGGGACAUAGAAUGAAGCCAAUCUAGAAAGUUCUGUGCCCUUCCCAUCGGCAUCGGCCCAGUGCCAGCGCAGGGGCUCUGGUUGGGCCUUGGAGAUGUUUCUCAGGAUCUGUGGCUGCUGCUAUUGGCAGCCAGCCAAAUCGUCCCCCCUUAAUCAUCCCACACUCAGGAACGAGCUCAGGGGCGCUCGGGCGCUUUUUAAGGUGUCAGACUCCGACACCUCUGCUCGGCUUUUGUUUCCGUACCGUUUGCUGUUUUAUCUUUUAUCGAAACCUCGGCUUUACCGAACGCGCUGGAAGAGCCGUCUGGCAAACGUUAUCCAGCCGCUGUGGGAGGUUGCUGGCCAAGCCUCAGGCUCGAUACAUCUUGGAUUUCCACACCUGAGCAAACGAUUCUCUUGAAGGAAAAAUGUUUGGGUUGACUUUAGAACGUAGAACGGAGCAGAGCUAGAAAGUUCUGUGCCCUCAAUACAUCUUGGAUUCCCACAUCCCAGCAAAUGAUUCUGUUGAAGGAAAAACGUUUCGGUUGACUUUAGAACGUAGAACGAAGCCGAGCUAGAAAGUUCCAUGCCCUCGAUACAUCUUGGAUUUCCACACCUGAGCAAACGAUUCUAUUGAAGGGAAAUCAUUUCAGUUGACUUUUGAACGUAGAACGAAGCCGAGCAAGAAAGUUCUGUGCCCUCGAUACAUCUUGGAUUUCCGCACCUGAGCAAAUGAUUCUAUUGAAGGAAAAAUGUUUCGGUUCACCUUGGGACAUAGAAUGAAGCCAAUCUAGAAAGUUCUGUGCCCUUCCCAUCGGCAUCGGCCCAGUGCCAGGGCAGGGGCUCUGGUUGGGCCUUGGAGAUGUUUCUCAGGAUCUGUGGCUGCUGCUAUUGGCAGCCAGCCAAAUCGUCCCUCAUUAAUCAUCCCACACUCAGGAACGAGCUCAGGGGCACUCGGGCACUUUUUAAGGUGUCACACUCCGACACCUGUGCUCGGCUUUUGUUUCCGUACCGUUUGCUGUUUUAUCUUUUAUCGAAACCUCGGCUUUACCGAACGCGCUCGAAGAGCUGUCUGGCAAAUGUUAUCCAGCCGCUGCGGGAGGUUGCUGGCCAAGCCUCAGGCUCGCUACAUCUUGGAUUUCCACACCUGAGCAAACGAUUCUGUUGAAGGAAAAACGUUUCGGUUGACUUUUGAAGGUAGAAUGAAGCCAAGCUAGAAAGUUCAGCGCCCUCGAUACAUCUUGGAUUUCCACACCCGAGCAAACGAUUCUAUUGAAGGGAAAUUGUUUUGGUUGACUUUUGAACGUAGAAUGAAGCCGAGCUAGAAAGUUCCGUGCCCUUGAUACAUUUUGGAUUUCCAUACCCAAACAAACGAUUCUGUUGAAGGAAAAUUGUUUUGGUUGACUUUUGAACAUAGAAUGAAGCCAGGCUAGAAAGUUCCGCGCCCUCGAUACAUCUUGGAGGGGCUCAUUGCGCACCGGCCACGUGCAGGAAUGUAUCAGAAACUCGCUGUCAGAAGGGUUCCUGCACACUGCUGCUGAUGAGAUGCCACCGCUUCUGCUGGGGACACGGGGACUUCACCGGCUCCAGCUGUGACAGCCUCCGUCUCUGUGAGGCCAAUUUCACCCUGCAGUAAAGGACUUUGCUUUUACGACCGCGCGUCGCCGUAGGCUUCGAUGGAGAAACCCAAAAAUUUGGCGCAGGCAGCACCAAAGAGCCAUCGAGGACAUGCCGAGGCUGCUGCGGGCACAGCGACGUCCCGGCAUCGGGGCGGUGACACCGCUGGGGACAUCGCUGGUGUCACGGAUCCUCUGCCCCCGUUCCCCGUGCAAUGGUUGGGACAAAUUUGGGGAAUUUUCGGGGAAUUUUCAUUGAAACGGUCCCAAAUCCUGAUGGGAAUUCUUAGGGUGAUGUCACUGGGGACACUUGGGGACGCUUUGGGGACACUCAGGGAUGCUCAGGGACACGGGGGCAGAGGGUGAAUGAGCCCACUCAGUGCCUUUGAAGAGAGGCAGCAGACCCGCGUUAUAAAUACCAAUAUAAAUGACAAUAUAAAUGACAAUAUAAAUGACAAUAUAAAUGACAAUACAAUAUUGGGUUCUGUAUUCAUCUAUCAGCUUUUGCCCGUUGUUCUUGAUCACAACAAUUUUGGUGCAAUUUAUAAUUCCUUUCAGCUGCUUUUUGGUAUAACGUGAUCUAUCCGUUUAUGCGUGCGCCAUUCAGCCGACAUAAAUGGCAGCGUAAUAAAUCGAUUUUACAUCCUAGGUCUCAGUGAAAUAUUAAAAGAGACUUUGAAAGGCUAAAAUGCUUUUCUAUCACAACUAUUAUAACUAAUUUUUCUAUGAUAAGUAAUACAGAGAAUGGUGUGAGACAAUUCUGUUUUUUCCAACGUUUGCAGGCUGUUGAUAAGAAAACAGUGACAGAAACCAGAGCGCCGGUGCCUUGGUUUGAAAGACAGGUAUCUGCUAGGGAGGGGCGGGGCCUCUCUAGGAAUGGAGAAAUUCCAAUCCCCUCCCUCUGAGUUAUUAUAAUUUAGAAAAUUAAAGGAGUUUUUCCAGGCGGAGCUAUGGGGAAAGGAAUAACAGUUCUUUACUAGUAAAUAUAACAGGACAAACAACCAGCAACAGCAAUAAUAAUAAUAAUAAGCAGCACCAAGAACCCCGAGGGGCUUUGCUUCACAAACCCGGGGCAGUCUGAUCCCUUGGGACCCCGAGAGCUCCAAGCUGGAGCUGUGGAAAACUCCGGGGCUGGUGGCUGGAAGGGCAGAGGAUGUCCCGGCAAAGCGAGCAGCGCCGAAGAAACCGCGACCCCUGGACGGGGCUGGCCCAGCUCCAGCAGGGCAGGAGAAGGGGCUCCGAAUUCCUGGGCGCCCCGGCAGAUGAUGGAUGGUGGUGGAAUUCCCAGGAGCGGACCCUCCGUUAGCAGCGGACUCCUCACGCAGUGAGCAGCCGCCCGACCGUGCCUCUCCGACCCUCCGCUCCGGGAGCGCUGCGCUUUUCCCUCCCACAAACUGAAGUGAUCUUCCCCCACCUUUGGCCGCUUCUUUUGUGUGGGUCAAGCAGCCUCUAAGCGUCAGUGUUUACUCUCUUGGCAACUUACGGGGGACAAAAAUUCUAUAGGGGGGAAAAAAAGCAAAGAACAAAACCAAAAGUAACCUCCAAACAGGCGGAGAGGAAUUUGUUCAUUUACCAGGAAGUGUUCAAAGGGAGGGUGAGACGGCGAGAAGAAAUAAAAUACAUGGAUGUGAGUACGGGAUAUGAGUCAGAGGUUGGAACCAAAUAAGAGAGACCCUGGAAUAGAAAUCCCUGCUCACUCCAGGAGAGUGCAGAGAGCUGUGCCCGCUGUCUCAGGUGCGGUGCCGUGCCUGCACACGCUGCCUGUGUCCCCUCUGUCCCCUGUCCCCCCUGGCUGUGACCCCGGCGGUGACAGCGGCGGGCGCGGGGGCCGGACCGGCGGGGGUUGAGGGGCCGCACCCGGACCCGCCCGUUCCUCCAGUGUCACUCGGGCGUGUCCCCCCUGUCCCUCGGAGUGUCCCCAGCGGCCAUGGGGCCUCGAAAGAUGCGACAGUCCCGGCGAGAGGAGAGAGAGGCGCUGGAGUGGCCGGUGGCCGUGGUGGCCACCCUGGGCGAGCUGGUGGCCGCCGUGACCGCGCCACGCAGGAGCACGUGGCCACUCCUGUACCCACAGUCCAUGCACCAAGACCUGAGGAAAUUCAUCCGGACCCUCCGGGACACCCUGGACCACGGCGGUGUCACCUCCCUGGGCCAGCGCGGUGUCACCCCCCUGGGCCAGGCUCUGGCCACCCCUGGGGCCACCUGGGCCGAUGUGAGAGCCGCGGUCAGAGGCUGGCGGAAGUUGGUGGAUGAGCUCGAUGAGAACUGGGACAAUCUGGUUGACGAUGCUGCUGACCUCUUUGAUGACUUGAAGGACAAGGCCACCACCAGGGCCACUGCCGAGGACACUGAUGAGGAGAUGGAUGAGACUGACGAGGACACUGAUGAGGAGACCGAUGAGGAGACCGAUGAGGAGACUGAUGAGGACACUGCCACCGCCCGGGAUGGGGACCUGAUGGAUGACAGCGCCGGCCAGGGGACAUCUGGGGACAACCUGGUGGCCACAGCCCAGCAGACACCGACGGCUCGUGCUAAUGAUGAGUUUGACUUGAUGCUGGAAGAGCACUAUGCCCGGGUGGAUGCAGCCAAGAAGACCAUGAUAGAGGCCAUGGUGGCCGCCGGCCAGGCAGAGACGGCCACCAGGAGGGAACAGCUGGUGGCCGUGGGACUGCUGGGGCGCUUGGUGUAUGAGUGUAAGAAAGCCUCCUGUCUCACCUUGGAGCUGGAUGACCGGCUCAAAUCCAUCAAGACCGCCCUGGAGGGGACACAGGAGGCGUCCCCCAAUGUCCCCGAGGCCUUGGUGGCCGCGGUGGCCGAAUUCGAGCGGCUGUGGGACGCCAGCGCCCGCCUGACCACGCGUCACCUGCUGGUGACACUUGGGGAAAUCGACUUCCUCCUCUCGAGUCCCGACGGCGGCUCCGGUGGCCCUCGUGGCCCCCGUGGCCGUGCGGUGGCCAAACGGUGCCAGAAAGCCAUCAAGAGCAUCCCGAGGCUUCUGAAGGGAAAGUGACAUCACCAAUGUGACGUCAUAGGGACAGUGACGUCAUCGUGGGCAUCGCUGGUGUCACUCGUCCCCUCCCCACGUGGGAUUUGCGACAGCUUAUGUGUGCACGUAUAGCCGGCAUAAAUACAGCGUAAUAAAUAGAGAUUACAGCACAGGCCUUGGCAAAAUAUUAAAAUAGAGACCGCGCAAUUCUAAAAGGCUUUUAUAACGAUUGUAACGAAGUUUUUAUUAUAACUCCUGUAAUCAGCUUUUAUAUUAUAGCUAUUAUUACUAACUUUCAUAUUAUACCCAGCUCAGGGAAUGGGUGGAAACAAUCCUGUUGCUUCCCAGAUCUGCGGGCUGGUGAUAGCAGUGACAGAAACCAGAGCGCCGGAGAAGAAUUUAUCAAUUUCCCAGGGAGUGCGGGACGACAGGACGGGACCAGGAGAAGGAAUAAAAUACAUGGACGUGAUCUACGGGACGUCCUGCAGACAAGUCAGAGGUGGGAACCAAACUGGAGAGUUCCUGGAACAUCAAAAACUCACAGGAAUGUUUGAAUGAUGUCCAAACUCAUGAACGUGUAUGUGCCCCAGCACGGAGAACGUUGUUUUAAAACACCCCAGCGCUGGAUAUUGUCCCCUUUUUUAUCCCUGAAUAAACUGGUAACAAUUUCAAA